UAAAAUAGAGUAAAUCAUAUUAAAUUUAUUUAGUUGGCACUAAACUAACCUAAAUUUCCAAACAAUUAAUAAUCGCUUGAGUCCAGAAAAUUGCAUACCUACGCAACCAUCUGGGAUGUAUGGGUUCCCUUCGUAGCCAUCAGAGCACCGGCAAAGAUAGCCUUGCCUGGAACUGGAAUUUACACUGAGGGAAAGUUAACAUCUCCCAAAACAUUGUGUUUUAUUUGCCUGGAAAAUCAACAUCUUCUAGCUUAGCUUGGUGAAGCCCUAGCCGUCCCUAUCUCUUCAUCCUUCUUCUGUUGAACCAGGGGUUAAGCAGUUUUUGGAGUGGUAAAGUGACAAGCAUUUGAUCAGAAUUUGGUGCUGGUACUCAUAAGAAGAAAUAGCAGAUAAGUAUUUGUAGUGUGUCACAAUGUCGGUGACAGCAGGUGUUAGUGAUACUGUGAUUGCUGUCAGGGAUAAGCUUAGAGGUAAAAUUGGUCAAACUAAAGUUAAGAGGUAUUGGCCUGGUAAAGCUCCUGAGUGGGCAGAUGACGCCGAAGAAGAGGGAGAUAUUAGAAUGUCCAAGGCAGCUGCCUUGGAGAAAGCUUUUCCAACACAAGAAUAUUCUGAAACUGUGAGGAAAGAUGAUCCCAGGCUGCGCCGUUUGGCUGAAAGUAGGAUAGAUAAUCGCGAGGAAGUGAGAGCUGACCAUAGGCGUAUUCGGCAAGCAGAGAUUGUUUCUACAAUUGAAGAGGAAGCCAGAAGACAGGAAGGUUUGGAUGCAGAGGAAGAUGAUGCAGAUGCUUUAGAGGAAAGAAGGCGGAGGAUUAAGGAGAGACUGCGUCAAAGGGAGCAAGAAGAAGCUCCACUUCUCCAAUCAGAAGAUGAGGAAGAAGUAGAGGAAGAGGAGGAAGAAGAGUCCGAGUAUGAGACUGAUUCAGAUGACGAGCCCACUGGUAUAGCAAUGCUUAAACCUGUCUUUGUGCCCAAGUCAGAGAGGGAUACUGUUGCAGAGCGUGAGCGUCUUGAGGCUGAAGAGCUGGCUGUUGAAGAGCUUAAGAAAAAGAAAUUGGAGGAGAGGAAAAGAGAGACGAAAAAGAUUGUGGUUGAGGAAAUCAGGAAGGAUGAAGAAAUCCAGAAGAGUUUAGAACAGGAGGCAAACAUUGCGGAUAUUGAUACUGAUGAUGAAAUUAACGAGGCGGAAGAGUAUGAAGCUUGGAAGGUUAGGGAAAUAGCCAGGAUCAAGAGGGAUAGGGAAGAGCGAGAAGCAAUGUUAAGGGAGAAGGAAGAAAUUGAGAGGGUGAGAAACAUGACCGAGGAAGAAAGAAGAGAGUGGGAGAGGAAGAAUCCCAAAGCUCCUCCCAAGUCAAAGCAAAAGUGGAGAUUUAUGCAGAAAUAUUUCCACAAGGGAGCUUUCUUUCAAUCAGAGUCUGAUGAUCAUACUGCUACUGCUGGACCAGAUGGUAUCUACACUCGUGAUUACUCUGCUCCAACCGGAGAAGAUAAGAUGGACAAGACUAUAUUGCCUAAAGUCAUGCAGGUCAAGCAUUUCGGUCGUAGUGGAAGGACAAAAUGGACACAUCUUGUCAAUGAGGAUACUACUGACUGGAACAACCCAUGGACAUACAACGAUCCUCUUCGAGCAAAGUACAACGCGAAAAUGGCCGGAAUGAACGCACCAAUAGCUAAACCUAAAGGAAGCAAGAAAUUGAAAGACUGGGAAUCUCGUUGAAAUAUAUGCAAAUGACACCUUAGACAGUUUUGUAUUUUAUUUUUACCUUUAAUAUUUAGUUAUGUUAGUUAAGCUCAUAUUGUAACAUAUAGCAAAGUUUAUUAUUGUAAUUUUCAUUGAAGGGGUUCGAACUUCUAAAGUUCUUUUUUUUUUUUAAUAUCUUGAAUUGAAAAGCAGAGCUAAAUGUAUAUGGCUUUGAAUUCUGUCCUAGUUGGUGUCAAAUUCCUUUAUGUUAUAUCGGAUGGUUGUGUGGGUCGAAAAGAAUUGCCCAACCAAAUCUCA